AUGUUCUUUUACCUCUCACUACUUCAUCUCCCAUCUCUCCUCCCUACCACCAUUUUUCGUGUCUACGCUUACAUUUUCGCGUCUUUAUCCAAUAACGACGCUAUGGAUCCUAUGUCCGCGUGUUUUCUUCUUUCGAAUAUGGAAAAGGAAAAGGAAAACAAAAAGCCCGUUGACUCUGGGUCUCAUUGGCAGGAUGCAUUAGAGAGCCAUGACAAUCCAGAGAGUCAUGACAACCUUCGCGUCGAUACCAACCAAAGGAACGACCCUCCAAUUAGCCCAACGGUUUCUCUUCUGACUGACCUAGGCUUCGAAGUGAAGAGUCCUACUGCCCAGCCAGGGAAUGCUUUUGCUCUCAUGAAGCUUCCAGAUGCAUAUGGGAACAAGCUCCCUCCACGCAAAAGCACAGGUGAGCCCCACGCGUCUGAUCCUUAUCCUCCCGUCAUGUCGACCCUGAGCCUUCACCAGCCUGAAUGUAUAUCGAGUGCAUCAGCUAACAUGAAUCACUCUCAUUACAGGAAGCUCGGAAUCAAAUACCUCCAGUGA